GUGAAUGUAUCAGUGCACAUUUGGAGCGAUCUGCGUGGUGUCCGGUAUGCGCACGUGAAUUCGACACGAUGACCGGUGUCCCGAUCGUUUUUCCAAAUUUUACGGCUUCCGCAAUUGCGGAUUCGAUCCGCUCGAAAGCCAAAGUGGCGAGAAGUAUUCGAUCGGCAGCGAAGCAGUGUGGAGCUUCGUCGUCAGAAGGCACAUCCGAUGAGCUAGUGGAUCUAGCGAUGAGUCUAGAUGCGGGUUCAAUCGAUCGCGUGAUGGAUGUGCUGAGAAAACGUCGAGAGCAAAUUGCGUUGGGUGAUGUGAGACGUAAGAAUAUAUUGAUGAAUGAGUUUCUGGACGAAAUGAUUUCGCGACGAGAGCAUACAAUAAGACAAGCACAACACGAAUUGAAUGUGCUCAAACAUGAUCGACAAGCUGUACAGACCAUCCUUAAAGUCGACAAAAAUUGUGGAGUAUCGUCAUCACAUCGUAUGGUACCAGAUGCGGGUGGUUUGCUCUCGUUGAACAAUCUGGUGAAUGGCGGUGAUUUAGUGGGUGCAAGUAGUAUUCGUGGCUCAUCGUCACAGCAGACACCGUCUGCAAUCCAAUCGCUGGCGGACUCCGGCACUGCCGCAUUGACACUAUCAGCAACGGAUGAAAUGGAAAUGAGUAAAUAUCGAUCACGUUUGCAACAGCAUAUGAAUGGACUGGAACAGGCAUAUAUUUUGAAGAGG